AUGCUUUUCCAAGAGAUCUGGCGAUCUGGUGUUAGUUGGGACGACGAGAUCAAUCAGCAAUGCUUUGAAAAAUGGCAGACAUGGCUUAAGCUUCUACCCGAAAUAGAGAAUUUAAAGAUUCCACGAUGCUACAGACUCCGAACGUCAGCUGGUCAAGAAACGGAAAUUCAGUUGCAUACAUUCGUCGAUGCCGGUGAGAAUGGUAUGGCAGCCGCUGUAUAUCUUCGCUAUGCAGAGAAAGGGAAGGUCGAAUGCUCACUUGUUGGCGUGAGAACCCGCGUAGCACCGCUCAAAUAUCUCACCAUCCCAAGACUGGAGCUUCAGGCGGCGGUAAUUGGGGCAAGACUAGCCCACCUUAUCAGUGAAGGAUUAACCAUUAGCAUCACAAAAUAUGUAUAUUGGUCAGAUUCAAGGAACGCGCUUUCGUGGAUAAGAGCUGAUCACCGUAGAUAUAGCCAGUUUGUGGCUACACGUGUAAGUGAAAUUCUGGAUUUGACUAACGUUUCUGAUUGGAAGUGGGUUCCUACGAAGUGGAACGUGGCGGAUGAGGGAACAAAAUGGCAAAGUCGUCUAGUACUAACGAGUGACAUCAAAUGGUAUAAAGGACCUGACUUUCUCUAUCAACGCGAGGAAGAAUGGCCAGUGACACCGGACAAAAUGGUUGAACCUAUGGAUGAACUACAAGCGAAUAUUCACGUGCACACCGAGACUCAGAGGAUGGCAGUUCCGAUUAACAACUUUCAAAGUCUGAGAGGUAUGGUCCGAGCAACUGCACUCGCCAUUCGGUUUCUGAGGAACGCACUUUCGAAAUGCUUCACUCGAAUUAGUGGUGGUCUAACCAGUGAAGAAAUCCGCAAUGCUGAGGUUUUCCAUUUCCAUGCUGCGCAACAGGACGCCUUCUGA